AUGCGUGCCCAAAUCACCCUUGCGAUUUUUUUCGCACAACUGAUCGCUCAGUCCAGCGCCUUUCCGUGCGAAGCUAACGCAGGGGAAGAUCGCGACAUGUGUCUCUUUAACAGCACUAAAGGCGGUGGUUUCUUCAUCCUCAAACCUAAUAGCAAUGCAGGGGUACAAAAAUGUGGGGACAAGUUUAUUCAAGAGCUUUGCUGCAAGGAUAGGGAAAAAGUUCCGUUGAACAGAUUUAAGACAGCCGAGGACUUAAGCAAGGUUUGCAAGGAAAAUCUUAACAAAGCUCAACCGGGUAGUGGUAAAGUUCUACCGCUACCCGGCGGCGGCGGCAGCGGGACAGAUGCAAAACUUGCUGCAGUGGACAAGACCGAACCAAAACCUCAGCCUAAGCCGGAUACAAAACCGGAGCCUAAACCGGAGCCUAAACCGGAGCCUAAACCGGAGCCUAAACCGGAGCCUAAAGGGCAGCCUAAACCCUAA